GUAUUUUUGGCUGAGAUGAUGAACAAUUUGUCAUGUUUCCAAUUUUGUUUAUGUUCAGUGGAUUUGAUGGAAGAGGGUGCUACUGUGAUCCUGCGAAAUGCCAAAAUUGACAUGUUCAAAGGAUCAAUGAGGCUUGCUGUGGACAAGUGGGGCCGAGUGGAAGUGAAAGAACCUGCUAGUUUCACUGUUAAGGAAGAUAACAACUUGUCUCUCAUCGAGUAUGAACUUGUGAAUGUUGUUGUAGAAUGACUUGUUGGGACAUCCUGGAAUUUCUAAUGAGAAUAAAACAAAUCCAGCAAAGAAAUCUAGCUUUCUUUCAUUUUGUAUCCGAGACAUCUAAUCAUAGGAUUUGAGAAGCCAGUAGUAUCAAAAGUUGCUUCUUACUGUUGCAGCAAACUAUGGAUCUUGUAGCUUCAACCAUUGAACAGAUGCAUGUGUAAGUGCAGCAAGAAAAUGGGAACUGGCUUUCAGAUCAUACUUUUUUGUUGUGCUAUAUCUAUUGACAUUUUAGAUUA